AUGCUCCGAGGAAAUGAUGGUAAAUCGGGAGCAAGUCGAAUCUGGGAACAUAUUCUUUCUACAGAAGUCGAGCAUAUUGAGUCAGACGGAGAUCCUUUUGGUCUACUUAAACCUGUCGGCACACCAAUUGAAUACUACGCACGUUUGAAGAAGUAUGCAGAUGGAAAGCACACAAGUCAGGCGUUAAAAAACCUUCACAACUUUAUUUUUGAUCUGGAAAGUGGUCUCGUUGAAUGCAAGAGCUCGGAAAAGGCUAUCAACUGUCGUGAAGAGGGAAAUAAGUACUUCAAGUUAGGAGACUAUGAGACGGCGUCUGGAUGCUACAAAAAAGGAAUUUUAAUUGCGGAAAUAGAUUCAAAAGAAGCUGCCCUUCUCCACGGUAACCUCUCGGCGUGUUUCCUGCAUCAGUCAAAGUGGACGGCCUGUAUUUGGCAUGUAUGUUUGGCCUUACGGCUUCACGAUGAUUCACAAAGUUCAAUUGGAAAACGUCUGCAGCUUAGGUUACAACAAGCCUGUACAAAAGUGGGACGAGAAGAUUUAACCGUUUUGAACGAGUGCUAUGAAUGGGUCACAAAGUUGUGCGAAGAUGCAGCUCCUCUACUCGAUUCAGAAGAACGCUACGGCUUUGUUAAUCUGCCUGUUCCAAAGUUUGGGAGAAGUAAAAAGUUGAAGGCUCUUUCAAGCCGUUUGGUUGUUCAUGAGUCACCUAAACAGGGCCGAUAUGUCGUCAGUGAAGGAUAUUUCAAAGCAGGUGAUGUAUUAGCAAGUGAGCCCUCGGGUGGUUGGGGAAAAGGUGAAAUUCAAUGUGGGGCACCGGCGGCUGACGAGCUGGCAGUUGCAUCUUGUAUUCUAUUACCGUUUCAACGGCACAUUCGCUGUCUUGCCUGUCACAAUCAGCUAGAAAGUGUAGGUUAUGUUUGUCCAGACUGCAACGGCGCAGCUUUUUGUGGACCUCCAUCUCGUUGCUUCUCUCGACACUUCAGGAAUGGUCAAUUUAUCAUGCCACAAUGGCACAAAGAUGAAUGCAGAUAUGCUUUCCUGCUCAAUUCAAUUGGUCUCGGUCAUCUCUGCUACCGGCUGGGAACACUUCGAGGACGGCAUCUUCUUCAACCUGAUAGAGAGGUGUCUUUAGACAGUUUAGUCGACAAUUAUGAACACUUUCCAUCGCACCUCGAGUAUGGCUUGACUGGAUGGCUAUGUGGUCUCCUAAUGGGGCGUAUUGGUCUGCCCAACUGUGGUGAUUGGUGCUUUCGAAUGUUGCAUCGGCUGCAGUGUAACGUUCAUGCAAUAACGCAAAUUAAUACUGCAGUUAGCAGGGAUUACGGGCUAGUUGGUGUGGCACAGGAACGCAUUGGUGGAGGUCUCUUUCCCACUGCGUCGUUCAUCAAUCAUGCCUGCGAACCCAACAUCGCGUACCAGUUCACGAAUGGAUUUAUCAUUAUUCGAUGUAUUAAAGACUUAUCUCCAGGAGAUGAAAUCUUGACGUGUUACGGUCCGCAUUUCCGACAUAAUCCCGACAUGGGCGCUCGAAAGAGAGCUCUUCUUGAACAGUACUUCUUUGAGUGCUCCUGCGUCCAUUGUGAUAAAACACAACAACUUACUACUUUAUCUCCCGAAGAAAAUGAUCGGUGGUGCAAGCUGGUUGAAAAGAUCUGUUCUUCAAAGACGCCUUUGUCUACUCUUCCAUCUCUGUUCAAGAGACUGAAGCGUCUGUCAGAUCCUACCGCCACAAUGACUCCUAAACCCUCUUAUGGUGAAAUUGCAGACGAGACAGCCUUCGGGCUUUUCAAGGAAGCCAUGACCACUUCAUCGUCAGAGGCACGAAAAGUUGCGCUCUAUUUGACGACUGAAUCAUGUGAUUUCGUGCGCACUCGAUUUGGUGCUGAUAGUAUUGAGUAUGCUUGGGAAUUGGUCAAGCUGGCAACCGUCACCACGGCGGUCGGUAAUAUGCUCACCUCUGGUUUUGCUUUUAUUCCCGCGUUUUUGCGAAGAGCAAAUCCAAAGAGCAUCGAUAUACUAAAGCCUGUUGUUAUUGGUUGCUAUCGGAUGUACCCCGGUGAUGAGCUUGGUCGUGGCGUAUCAAAGGGUGGUGGCAAAGGCGGUCCUGUGCGUGAUGCAGGAGGUUCAUUUGGUAAACGGGAAGCCGCACUGGAGGAAGAGUAUUUUCAUCGCAAGGACUUGGAGCAAAUCAAAGAAUUGAAGAAACAUCUUGUUGCGGAGGUGAAAUUCCAUGAGGAACAAAUCGAGCGUCACAAGGCUGCAAUCGAGCGUCAUCUCAAGUCGUUGAAAAGCAUGGAUUAA